ACAAUAACUUGACGGCAAUCCUGAACAGUCAGAAUAUAUUUGACGUUAUAUUUAAAGAAACGGUAUCUCUUCCUACUGUAAUCUACAGUGGUACACUCAGAGGUCUGAACCUAGUUAGCCUUGCAGGGGAUCUAAUCUACACCUCGGAUAGUUCUGCACUGCUAACUGGUCCCAAAACCUUUAAUGCCGAUCUUCAGACUUCUGAUGCCAUGUUCAUGGCCACAUUUAAUGGUUUAAGUUUCGAAGAGUUUGUGACGACUAACGAUGCUAAAACCAUCUCUGGAGUAAAAACCUUCAAUAAGCCAGUUACUUUCUUCUCGAGUCUUGAUGUAACCGGUCUAGUUGAUAGUGUGGACUUGAAGCAACUCUUUGAUUCUGCCCUUUACUUGGACAAAGCAGGACAAGUGGUAACAGGAAAGAAGACCUUCACUGGUCCAGUGUCGGCUGGAGAACUCGACGUACAGGGCCAAGUAUCUGGUGUAGACUUCAACAAGGUGCUGGCUAACAAUGGUGACCAAACCUUCACUGUUCCCCAGAAGUUUGCAGCAGCCUCCUUUGGUGCUCUGGAUACUAACCAAAUAGACCUGUCUGAUGGCUUCACAAUUAAUGGUAUUGACAUUUCUGUGCUCGACGGCGUCCGCAUGAGCCGCAAGAACCCUACUCCCCACCAGGGUGUCCUAACUGUAAAUGGAAUGGUAUCUGUUAUUGGCUCAUUUAAUGCAGUAAACAUUGAUGGACAUAAUGUUGCACAGUUGAAGAACAACAUUGUCACAGAUGAUGCAGACUCGACCAUCUCGUCAGACCUGAGCUUUGGAAUCCUAACUGUGAAAGGAUCUGUAAGUACAGCUAACAAGGCUGGUGCUAAUGGCAGGAAUAUAAGCAGAAUCCACGAAAAUGCAGUCCUCCUAGGAGGUAACAAUGCCAUGACCGGAUCUGUGACCUGGGGUGACCUUGACCUGCAAGGUGAUGUUGCAGUUGGAGGACUUGUCAAUGGGAAGGAUCUGCAAAUGGUGCACAAUGAUGCAGUGUACAAAGAUGCCAGCUCUGUCCAGAUAACGGGCAAAAAAACCUUUGCAGAGUUUUCUGUUAAGGGAAAUAUCGACACAGCAUCUACAAAUGGAAUUGACCUGGGUGCAAGACUACUAACACUAGACACAGACCAGGAUGUUACAGCAUCAUACACGUUUUUCUCUCUGAAUGCAGAAAAGAAUCUUACUCUAGGUGGCACCUUUGAUGCAGUAGACCUUGAAGCCUUGGACAGUAUAGCUCUGAAACAAAGUUCGGAUGAAACCAAUGACAUCAUCUUCGAAGGAGUACAAGCAGAAAAUGUUCUACUUGAGAGUAAUCUAAAUACAGUGAAUGUAAAUGCUAGGUUAAAUGAUGCAGUUAGGCUCCAAGCACAAGACUUGGUAAUCUCUGGUAAGAAGACUUUCCUUAAAGACACCACCUUCAAGGGUCUUGAAGUUAAAACCCUUAAUGGCAAGGACUUGCCUGGCUACUUGAGCCAUGCUGUAAGAAAGAAUCUCCCCAUUAAUCUUGCAUCAAAUAUUCAAGUAAAUGGAUUAGUGAGUGCACCAUCAGUCACUGCAGGCUCUUUAAUUAUUGAGGGAACUGUGGAUAAUAUAGAUUACAAGACUCUAAUGACCAGUGCUGUUCUACUGGAUGACUCGAAGAGUCAUGGGAUAACUUUGGCUUUCGCAAAUGGCCUUUCUGUGAAAGGUGCCCUUGGAGCUACAACCCUUAACGGCUUUGACUUGUCAACACACUACCUCACCACAAAUACUGUGCAGAAUCUCUCCCCAGAUGUGGAAUUUGGAACCACUUCAACUGGUGGUAUAGCCGUUGAUGGACUAGUUAACACAAAGAAACUGCCGGAUGAAGUUGCAAAUACACUAAGUGUUAAUGGUGGGCAGACUGUAACUGGUAUGAAGAGCAUAACUGGACUCGUUAAAGUGGUCAACAAUUUAGAAGUGACUGGCAACACUAACAACAUAAAGAUGGCAACAGAGGCAAUACAUCUGUCUGAAGCGCCUACAGUCAAUGGUCGCCUCAAGUUCUCUAGUGGCUUGACCACUUCAUCCCUGACUAGCAGCACCAGUGUGAUAAGUGGCCUUGAUAUGAGUGAUCUCUCCAGUAAUGCAUGGUAUUACAAUGAGAAUGCUAUAAUUUCGGCAAGCAUGAUAUUCGAUUCUUCGGUUACUAUGAAGGACUCUUUAAUGGUUACUGGCACCAUUGAUGAACUUGACAUUGGACAAGUGUAUAACGAUGCAAAAACGGCAUUGAACCAAUAUUCUGCUUACAACGAAGGAAUUAAGAGUGAAUAUGCUGUAAAGUGCCCUCUCAUCAUGGAAGCCCACUCGGAUACUGAGAAAGCCAUAUUUGAUGCAGAUUACUUCCGGCUUGUACAAGAACUGCAUCUUGGUAAAAUGCACCAUGCCUCUACAACUUUCAGGGCUUCAGACACAACUUACGUUGUCAUAAGCUGGGAGGAUGAGUGCAGCUCGACAAUGUACAGGUUUGACGAGUCUUCAGGACUACUUGUCGGAGUCCAAACGCUUGUAGGGUCGGGAUAUGGUAGAGACUGGUUAGCAGUUGAGCAAGCUGAUGAGAUCUACUUGGUGAUGGCUGCAACAAGUGAAGGGAAUAACUGCACUACACAAAACAGUGUAGUCUGGAAAAUGUCUAAUGGUGCACUAUCGGUAUACCAAGAUCUGCUUCCUGGUACUUCCCUUGCUUCAAGCAAUGGUAUUCUAUAUGUAACUGCUAAAGAUGCAACCCAUGCAUAUAGCUUUGAUACUAGCACUUUGCUCUUCACACUUAUUAGUACAGAUAAUGCUGAAAUGGAUUCUGCAUUGCUAUCUAAAACUGGACACUUUGUGACUGCAAUGAAGAAGCAGGACCAAUUGGUCAUAAUGGUUGAAGGAAAUGAAGUCUCCCCCUUAAAAGCGAAAAUUGAUGACCUGGUGCUGUUUGAACAAUAUGGCAAAAUAUUCCUACUGGCAGCAGUAACCAGGAACCCUCUCCCAGGACUAGAACAUCACCUGGAGCUAUACAGCUUGGAUCCACAUGCAAUGACUCUGAAUUGGUUGGAUUCAAAACCCCUGUAUGAAGCUGCCACAAUAACUUCCUUCUACAGUGGAAAUGCAAUUAAGGGAAAAACCCUGGCAAUAGUUAUGCAAGAAAGCCACUGCCCAACUGUUUAUUCAGUACUUGGCUCCGAGUUGACGUUCUUCUCGGAUCUCUCUACUCCCAAAAUAACUUGGGCUCGGCAUCUCACUGUGCCCAACAAGAUUUUCCCAGAGAUCAAAGAUCACUACCUGCUGAUAGGCAAAGACUCCUCUACUAAGCUUCUGUACCUUGAAAUGAAUGGCUUGACACAUGAAGCCUCAGACCACACAUGUCAAGUGGAAGUCUUCAAAUAUCCAGAGUUAAUACCACAAGUGUAACUAAAUUUUAAAAUUUUAUUAAACGGUUUAACUAAAAAAAA